AUGUCUGGAUCAUCGGCCACUCGUCAUUGCGGACGAUAUCAUCCAAAGCGCCCAAUGACGAAUUUGACCGCCUACACUGGACUCCCAGGCGCGAACCAGCGGUUCCUACCUCAAGACAUCCAUGGACAACUGGUGCAAGUGUUUACCUGGGUCACCGAAUUCGACCACAAAGCAGCAGAAUUGGUCCAGAGACUAGACAUCCUCAUCGCUGAGCAGCGCAACUUCAGAAUCCUCACCCGUAACGAGGACAAGAAGUUGGCUGCUGGCCAGGCAAUCGAGCCUCUUCAGAAAGCGGUCCCUGGGUGUGGACAAGCGCUUGCUCUUCAAUUGGCUCCCCCGGAUUUCGUUGAAUCCUUCAAUAGCCUGUAUCCUAUUGAAACCCCUGCAGGUGCCGUAGGCCCAACGCCUGCCGACUUGCCAGGUGACUUGUUCAUGUUAGCGCUUGACCAUGGAGAAAUUCUGAGCACUUCGGCAUCAUAG